GUGGGCACAGGUGGGUGGCACUGGUGGGCACAGGUGGGUGGCGCUGGUGGGCACAGGUGGGUGGCACUGCUGGGCACAGGUAGGUGGCACUGCAGAGUGGCACAGGUGGGGGCACUGCUGGGCACAGGUGGGGGCACUGCUGGGAAUGGGUGGGCGGGGCUAGUGGGCACACAGCUGAUCGGAACUUGCGGGGGUCACUGCUGGGCACCGAUCAUCAGGGCACUGAUCAUCAGUGCCCUGAUGAUCGGUGCCGAUCCCCGCUCUGACAACUGCCGGUUCUCGGCAGUACUUUCCUCACGAUCUGACAGCGUGAGGAAAGUGCAGCCGAGAACCGGCACUUGC